CUCACACACUCACUCACUCCUCACCAACCCGACCCCGCCAUGGCCGCCUCCACCAUGUCCGUCUGCUCCAGCGCUUGCACCGAGCCCUGGCAGAUGGACGACUGCCCAGAGAGCUGCUGCGAGCCCUCCUGCUGUGAGCCCAGCUGCUGCCAGCCCAGCUGCUGCACCUCAGCCCCCUGCCUGAGCCUCAUCUGCACCCCAUGCUGCCAGUCAGGCUGCACCAGCUCCUGCACGCCCACGUGCUGCCAGCAGUCCAGCUGCCAGCCGGCUUGCUGCUCCUCCUCCUGCCAGCCAUCCUGCUGCGUGCCAGCUUGCUGCACACCUGUCUGCUGCAAGCCUGUCUGCUGCACACCUGUUUGCUGCACGCCUGUCUGCUGCACACCCACCUGCUCAGGCACCUCCUCCUCCUGCUGCCAGCCGGCUUGCUGCUCUUGCUCUCCCUGCCAGUCAUCCUGCUGCACACCUGCCUGCUGCACACCUGUGUGCUGCAAGCCUGUCUGCUGUACACCUGUCUGCUACAAGCCUGUCUGCUGCACGCCCUCCUGCUCCUCCGUGUCCCUGCUCUGCCGCCCCGUGUGCAGACCCACCUGCUGUGUGCCAGCCUCCUCCUGCUGCACCUCCUCCUGCCAGCCCAGCUGCUGCCGCCCAUCCUCCUGCAUGUCCCUGCUCUGCCGCCCCGCCUGCUCCCGCCCGGCCUGCUGUGGCCUCUCCUUGGGCCAGAAGUCCUGCUGCUGACUGUCCUCAUCCCCCAGGGCCGGCAGGCUCAGGUCACCCAAGGCCAGGGCCCUCACUGCACCCCUCAGCCUGGUCCUGACCUGCAUUAGCAGAUGCCCUUCCCCUGAGGACAGGGCCUCCCCACCCUAUCCACUGUGCUGCCCUGACCCCUCCCUCCGGGUCCUCUGCUGAAACCUGCCCUGAACCUCCCCCUGUCAGCUCCUCACAGUGUCAAUAAACUUCCCGUCACCCGA